AUGACUGUAUUUUCUAGAUUUUCGUAUUUUGACAAUCUGUUCUCAUUCAGAAAGCAAGAGCCCUCCCCAAUUGAGAUCAUCUAUUGCAAUGAGAAAAACGGAUUUGUAAACAUCAAAUCCCUGGAAAGCUCCACUGACGAUAGCAUGGAAGCUGACAUCUCCGAUAGGGAAAUGGCCACGAUUCUAACCAAAAACAGGAAGGGUUUGGGAAAGGUCGCCAUCGAUAAGAAAGGUCAAUGCAUAAAUCUCAAUGAGUUGAAAACCGGCGUUGCUACAAAUAAACGCAAGUUGGACGGCGAUGGCUCAAGAGGGCACCGGGAUUCAUACACCCCCGAGGACUCUUUAGAGCUCAAUAAGUUCGACGACAAGCAAAGCAGAAUCCAAAAGUGUAGCACCAGGAGAGGAUACUUGGGGUACAAGAAAUAA